AUGGAGAUCCUUCUCAUUUCCAAUAGUAUGUCCUUUAAUCCUAACGAGCAAAAUCAAGCAACUGAAGGAAGCCCAGCUUUCCCUUUGCAAUUUAACAACCAGGAUUUUGUUAAACUGCAAAACUACUGCCUGCAUCAGGGCCUACUUUUUGAAGAUGAUACAUUCCCAGCAAAUGGUCAUUCCAUUGGACUUAAUUUGUUUCCACAAGAGAAACUCAGAAAAAUACAGUGGCUGAGACCAAACGAACUGGUCAGAAACCCACGUUUAUUUGUGGAUGGAAUAAGCCGAUUUGAUAUUCUUCAAGGACAAAAAAUAGGUAACUGUUGGGUUUUAGCAGCUCUGGGUGCUUUGACCCAACAACAACGGUUCCUGAAAAAUAUGAUUCCUACAGACCAAGGAUUUAAUCACACUUAUGCAGGGAUCUUUCAUUUUCAGUUCUGGCAUUUUGGAAGUUGGGUUGAUGUGGUGAUAGACGACCGGCUGCCUUUCAUUGAUGGAAAUUACUUAUCAGUUCAUCCCAGGAGCAAGAAUGAAUUCUGGCCAUCUCUGCUUGAGAAAGCUUAUGCCAAAUUGCAUGGUUCUUAUGAGAAGUUGCACUAUGGUUUUAUCUCAGAAGCUUUCGUGGAUCUCACAGGUGGGGUCCAGUUGACAUUCAAUCUUGGAAGCCCUACUGAUCAUUUGUUUGAAAUCAUGAAAACUGCUGCUUCGUCUGGCUGUCUCAUGGCAUGCAGCUCUCCUGAGAUGAAAAAAACGGGUAGACAAGUGUUGGAGAAUGGAAUUGUGCAGCAACAUGUCUAUGCUGUUAUAGAUGCCAGAGAGGUUCCUUACAUGGACGGGAAAGAACUUUUAAUCAAACUUUGGAAUCCGUGGGGCACUGUGGAAUGGAAUGGAGCUUGGAGUGAUCAUUCCAUGGAGUGGGAUCGAGUCCCUCAAUCAUUCAAGGACAAAUUCUAUGUGAACAGGGCUGAUGGCGAAUUCUGGAUAUCAUUUGAAGAUUUGAAAGACAAUUUUUCAUUCCUGUCUGUUUGCAAUAAUUUGCCCACAUUCCUGGAUUUUGGUAAGGAGAACAAUACAUCUUGGUCUGUGGUUUCGUAUUUCAACCAAUUAUCUCCAGAAGGGAGCAACUAUCGAAGAGAUGCUCUCUCAAGAAAUCAUCAAUAUUUCAUCAAAGUUCCAGAGUUUGUGAUGAAAUACAAUGUUGUAGUAGCAUUGAUGCAAAGACCUGACAAUAUCUCACGGACGUUGGCAAAUAUAGGUUUUCAGAUAAAAAAGGGUAGAACUAUAGUUCAUGACACACAGCUUAACAAAAUACGAGAUAUCACCAUUCCCUAUCAACUGAAAGCCGGAGAUUACAUAAUCAUUCCAAUGGCAUCACCACAAAACCAAAAAUUAAAGUUUCUUCUACGAAUCUUUCUUAGAAGUCAAGGCAAUAUAAGGGAGCCAAGCAAUGAAUUCAGUUCAGAGAUGACAAAGGAUAUGCUCUUCUGGAAUCCAGACAACUAUGAAAGUGUCUUCUUCAGAUAUGCUUAUCAGAACUCCUACUUAGAUGCUUCACAAUUACAAAGGAUUCUGAAUGAUGUUCUUCUAAAAGAUCUAAUGGCUGGCCUGGGAACUGGAGAUGGAUUCAGCUUUGAUUCAUGCAAAAGCCUUUUAGCUCUGAUGGAUAUAAAUGCUAAUGGAAAACUUUCACUCCAAGAAUUUAAAAGACUGUGGGGAGCUUUCAAGAAAUAUGAGGAUAUAUUUGGAAGAGAGGAUGAAAACAAUUCUGGAUUCCUAACGAUUUCAAAUUUGCAAAGAAUUGUUCAAGAAACAGGCCUGUAUGUCAGCGACAAAGUCCUCCACCUCCUGGUUUUACGCUAUGGAGACUCAACCCAGAGAAUAAACUUUCCUGAUUUUGUGUGCUGUAUGUUUCGUCUUGAAACAAUGUCAAAGGCAUUCCUCAAUUUAUCAAAAAAUAGGGGAAGUAUCUGCUUUACUGAAGAUGAGUGGAUGACCAUGAUCAUGUAUUGCUAAUCUGAUAAUACUAUUUUCUGAAUACAGACUGCUCAUUUCUCCGAGUUUCAAAAGAAAGUUGUUGAUUGUGUUAUUCUCUGAUACAGAAUAACCUUCCAAGUUGCAGCCAUUCAGGUUUGCUGAACUAAGUUCCCAUCAACCACAGUGUAACCAAUAAAUUUAUAUUCCUAAUCUUAUAUUGGUUUGAUUGUGUUUUAGCACUUCGUUUCCAGAGACCUAAUUGCUUAUCAAAACUGCAUAAUCUUAGAUGAUCUUGUCAUAAACCAAAUAUUGCAAAGCAUAUAUUUGAGAAAUCAAUACAAACACAAAACUAAUUUAAAAUUAUCCUUAGAGUCAAGUUGCAAUCCCUUACAGAUUUAAGAGCUGUACGCUGUUAAUCACAAUAUGACUUUCUAAGACAGUUUUAAUAGGUUCAUGGUACACGCAUUCAAAUAAUUUUAAUAAAAGUG